CAAACCAAUCCAAAACCAAACCUGUAGUAGUAGUAGUAGUAGCAGCAAAAAUAUUAUAAACUUUUUCUCUUCAACAACUAACUCAAAAUCUCAACAAUAAUUCUCUUCCCUUUCCCUUUCCCGUUUCGUCUUUUCUCUUCAAUUUCUCGCGAUCUCAUUUCUCUCUCUUCUUCUUCUUCUUCUUACUACUAUUUAUUUACCACUACUACUGGUUUUGUUGCUGAUCGUGUUUCGUUUGAUUCUCGUUUACUCUCAUGGUGAUCGAGAACGACAUUGAAAGUUGCGGAAGUAGAGCGGUUCAAUCACACGCGAAUCCUCGUCAUCACCGUCAAAAGCUUGAAGUAUACAAUGAAGUUCUUCGUCGAAUUCUUGAUUCCGAUUCCGAAGAAGCUCAUGUUCCUGGUUUCGAUGAUCAACUAUGGCUUCACUUCAAUCGUCUUCCUGCUAGGUAUGCAUUGGAUGUCAAUGUGGAAAGAGCAGAAGAUGUUCUUGCUCAUAAAAGAUUGCUCGAGUUGGCAAAAGAUCCCGCUAAUCGUCCCGCAUUUCAAGUUCGCUUAGUACAGGUAUAUCCUUUUGGUAGUACACAUUAUAAUGAUUCUUCGGUGCAUUCAGAUCGUUCUGAGAAAGAUGAUGCACAAAGUUCUCUUAACUAUUCUUUAAAGCAGGGAAUUCAUCCACCACCUACGUUUGGUUCUUCCUCUAACCUUGAAGCUCUUGCACUUCAAACAAAUAAAAAUAACAUCGAUGAUGGAGACAAUGCUAUGGGUGUGACACCGAAUUUUAACAGGCCCAUGCACGAGAUUACCUUUUCAACAAUUGACAAGCCUAAACUCCUUAGUCAGUUAACUUCCAUACUUGGUGAGCUUGGAUUGAAUAUUCAAGAAGCUCAUGCAUUUUCCACCUCUGAUGGGUUUUCCUUGGAUGUCUUCGUAGUUGAGGGAUGGCCUAAUGAGGAAACUGAGGAGCUUAAAGGUGUGUUGGAAAAGGAAAUUUGGAAGGUUAAGGAUCAAUAUCUAACAAAUCAGGGCAUACUUUAUUCCGUAAAUGAUCAAUACCAGACGAGGACAGAAUCCUCCCCUGAUUGCAUACAAAUACCAUCUGAUGGAGCUGAUGUCUGGGAAAUUGAUCCCAGCCAACUAAAAUAUGAAAACAAAGUUGGCUCUGGAUCAUUUGGUGACUUGUUCAGAGGCAGUUAUUGCAGUCAAGAUGUGGCUAUCAAAGUUCUUAAGCCUGAACGCAUAAGUACAGAUAUGCUGAAAGAGUUUGCACAGGAAGUUUAUAUCAUGAGGAAGAUUCGACACAAGAACGUUGUUCAGUUCAUUGGUGCAUGUACUCGGCCACCAAAUCUUUGUAUUGUUACUGAGUUUAUGUCUAGAGGAAGCUUAUAUGACUUUCUACACAGACAAAAGGGCGUGUUUAAGCUACCUUCUUUACUAAAAGUAGCCAUUGAUGUUUCCAAGGGAAUGAACUAUCUGCACCAAAAUAAUAUUAUUCACAGGGACCUGAAGACUGCCAAUCUUCUGAUGGAUGAAAAUGAAUUGGUCAAGGUUGCUGAUUUUGGGGUCGCCAGAGUGCAAACUCAGUCUGGAGUGAUGACAGCUGAAACUGGGACAUACCGCUGGAUGGCUCCUGAGGUCAUUGAACACAAACCAUAUGACCAGAAGGCAGAUGUUUUCAGUUUUGGAAUAGCACUUUGGGAGCUUUUAACUGGAGAGCUGCCUUACUCUUACUUGACCCCAUUACAAGCAGCAGUUGGUGUGGUGCAAAAGGGUCUACGGCCUACAAUUCCCAAAAAUACACAUCCAAGAAUUUCUGAACUACUACAGCGGUGCUGGCAACAAGAUCCAAAGGAGAGACCAGCUUUCUCUGAAAUAAUUGAAAUUCUUCAACACAUAGCAAAAGAGGUCAAUGAUGAAAAAUUAGGACAUAAAGAUAAGUCAUCCCACGGUUUUCUCUCAUCACUUAGGCGCGGCCAUCACUGAUGAUACUGAUACCCAUACAAGGAUCAUUCAAGAGUGUAACCUUUUUGUUCUGUACAGUAGUCUGACCAAAGAUCAAUUGAGUUUGGUUCUUUCUGCUCUUGGAAAAUCCCAUUCUACUGUGCCAUUGCCUUAAUUUUUUUUGUCACAAUCUGCGCCUCUCUUCUUUGGUCCUCUCAACUAUUGUUAUUCAUAAGCGAGUAGGAUGGAUGCAAGAGCAGUGGCGGUCGAAAAUUCAAGGCCAUGUAAUGUUAAAUCUUUGUUUUGUUUACCACGUUUUUCGAAUUGGAGUUUUUUCUAUGCACUCCCGCUGUAUCCAAAACCACUUUGAUUUUUACUGGUAAAAACAUCAUGACUACGAGAUGUAUAAGGCUUGAUAAA